GGGGGCUGCGGCUGCGACCCCGAGGACCCCGGGCACGCGGAGCGCUCGCGCCUGCUCGUGGCGAGCCCGGGAGUGAUGGCGAGGUCUCCGCGGGCCGCCCGCGCCUGAGGCGCCCCGCCCCGCCCCGCCCGCCGCUGCCCGCCCCGCCCGGCCCUGCCCCGCGCGCCGCCGGCGGCUGCCUGGGCGCUUCCUAGUUGGCGCGGGCGGCCGCCCAGGCGAGGUGCGGCCUCCGCUCAGGCGGGGGGCGUCGGCGCCGCGGGGCCCCGCCAUGGCAGCGUCCGAGCUCUACACAAAGUUUGCUAGAGUUUGGAUACCUGAUCCUGAGGAAGUUUGGAAGUCAGCAGAGCUGCUGAAAGAUUAUAAACCAGGAGAUAAAGUCCUCCUGCUUCACCUUGAAGAAGGAAAGGAUUUGGAAUAUCGUCUAGAUCCAAAGACUAAGGAACUGCCUCACUUAAGAAACCCUGACAUACUUGUGGGUGAAAAUGACCUCACAGCCCUCAGCUAUCUUCAUGAGCCUGCUGUGCUCCACAAUCUCAGAGUCCGCUUUAUUGACUCCAAACUUAUCUAUACAUAUUGUGGUAUAGUCCUUGUAGCUAUAAAUCCUUAUGAACAGCUGCCUAUUUAUGGAGAAGAUAUUAUUAAUGCAUAUAGUGGUCAGAAUAUGGGUGAUAUGGAUCCACAUAUCUUUGCAGUAGCUGAAGAAGCUUACAAGCAAAUGGCCAGAGAUGAACGAAAUCAGUCCAUCAUCGUAAGUGGAGAGUCUGGGGCAGGGAAAACAGUUUCAGCUAAGUAUGCCAUGCGAUACUUUGCAACUGUAAGUGGUUCUGCCAGUGAAGCCAAUGUUGAGGAAAAGGUCUUGGCCUCCAACCCCAUUAUGGAGUCCAUUGGAAAUGCUAAGACAACCAGGAAUGAUAACAGUAGCCGUUUUGGGAAGUAUAUUGAAAUUGGUUUUGAUAAGAGAUAUCGAAUCAUUGGUGCCAAUAUGAGAACUUACCUUUUAGAGAAAUCCAGAGUGGUAUUCCAGGCAGAAGAGGAGAGAAACUAUCAUAUCUUCUAUCAGCUUUGUGCUUCAGCAAAUUUACCUGAAUUUAAAAUGCUGCGAUUAGGAAAUGCAAAUAACUUUCAUUACACAAAGCAAGGUGGCAGUCCUGUGAUUGAAGGAGUUGAUGAUACCAAGGAGAUGGCACAUACCAGGCAGGCCUGCACUUUGCUAGGAAUUAGUGAGUCUUAUCAGAUGGGAAUUUUCCGAAUACUUGCUGGCAUCCUUCACUUAGGCAAUGUUGCAUUUACAUCUCGGGAUUCAGACAGCUGCACAAUACCUCCCAAGCAUGAACCUCUCAGCAUCUUCUGUGACCUUAUGGGUGUGGACUAUGAAGAGAUGUGUCACUGGCUCUGCCAUCGGAAACUGGCUACCACCACGGAGACAUACAUCAAACCCAUAUCCAAGCUGCAGGCCACAAAUGCCCGUGAUGCUUUGGCCAAGCACAUUUAUGCCAAGCUCUUUAACUGGAUUGUAGAUCAUGUCAAUCAAGCCCUCCAUUCUGCUGUCAAACAGCACUCUUUUAUUGGAGUGCUGGACAUAUAUGGAUUUGAAACAUUUGAAAUAAACAGUUUUGAACAGUUUUGCAUAAAUUAUGCAAAUGAAAAACUACAGCAACAAUUCAAUAUGCAUGUCUUCAAAUUAGAACAAGAAGAAUAUAUGAAGGAACAGAUUCCAUGGACACUCAUAGAUUUUUAUGAUAAUCAGCCUUGCAUUAAUCUUAUAGAAUCUAAACUAGGUAUUCUAGAUUUGCUGGAUGAGGAAUGCAAGAUGCCUAAAGGUACAGAUGACACUUGGGCCCAAAAAUUGUACAACACACAUUUGAACAAAUGUGCACUCUUUGAAAAGCCCCGUCUGUCAAACAAAGCUUUCAUCAUCCAACAUUUUGCUGACAAAGUGGAAUACCAGUGUGAAGGCUUUCUGGAAAAGAAUAAAGACACUGUUUUUGAAGAACAAAUUAAAGUUCUGAAAUCAAGCAAGUUUAAGAUGCUUCCAGAACUAUUUCAAGAUGAUGAGAAGGCCAUCAGUCCAACUUCAGCCACCUCGUCAGGGCGCACGCCCCUCACCCGCACUCCUGCAAAGCUGACCAAAGGUAGACCAGGCCAGACAGCCAAAGAGCACAAGAAAACAGUGGGGCACCAGUUCCGAAACUCCCUUCACCUGCUUAUGGAGACCCUCAAUGCCACUACCCCUCACUAUGUGCGCUGUAUUAAGCCCAAUGACUUCAAGUUCCCAUUCACGUUUGAUGAGAAGAGGGCGGUGCAGCAACUGAGAGCGUGUGGUGUCCUGGAAACCAUCCGCAUCAGUGCAGCAGGCUUCCCCUCACGGUGGACUUACCAAGAAUUUUUCAGUCGCUACCGUGUCCUAAUGAAGCAAAAGGAUGUGCUGAGUGACAGAAAGCAAACAUGCAAGAAUGUUUUAGAGAAACUGAUAGCGGACAAGGACAAAUACCAGUUUGGUAAGACAAAGAUCUUUUUCCGUGCUGGUCAAGUAGCCUAUCUAGAAAAAUUGAGGGCGGACAAGCUGAGGGCUGCCUGCAUCCGGAUCCAGAAGACCAUCCGAGGGUGGCUGCUGCGGAAGAAGUACCUGCGCAUGCGGAAGGCGGCCAUCAUUGUGCAGAGAUACGUGCGGGGCUACCAGGCCCGAUGUUAUGCUAAGUUCCUGCGCAGAACCAAGGCAGCAACCAUCAUUCAGAAAUACUGGCGCAUGUACAUAGUCCGCAGGAGAUACAAGAUAAAACGAAUGGCCACUAUUGUUCUUCAGUCUUAUUUGCGAGGCUACUUGGCCAGAAAUAGGUACCGCAAGAUGCUCCGUGAGCACAAAGCAGUUAUCAUUCAGAAGUGGGUCCGGGGCUGGCUGGCUCGUACCUACUACAGGAGGAGUAUGCAUGCCAUCAUCUAUCUUCAGUGCUGCUUCCGGCGGAUGAUGGCCAAGCGUGAGCUAAAGAAGCUCAAGAUCGAGGCCCGCUCUGUGGAGCGCUAUAAGAAGCUCCACAUCGGCAUGGAAAACAAGAUAAUGCAGCUGCAGCGCAAAGUUGAUGAGCAGAACAAAGACUACAAAUGCCUCAUGGAGAAACUGACCAAUCUGGAAGGAAUAUACACCUCUGAGACUGAGAAACUACGAAGUGACUUGGAGCGUCUUCAACUAAGUGAGGAGGAAGCUAAGAUUGCUACUGGACGGGUCCUCAGUCUGCAGGAAGAAAUUGCCAAGCUCCGGAAAGACCUGGAACAAACUCAGUCGGAGAAGAAAUCCAUUGAGGAGCGUGCAGAUAGGUACAAACAGGAAACUGAGCAGCUGGUAUCAAAUCUGAAGGAAGAAAAUACUUUACUGAAGCAGGAAAAAGAGGCCCUCAAUCAUCUUAUCGUGGAGCAGGCUAAGGAGAUGACAGAGACUAUGGAGAAGAAGUUAGUAGAAGAAACAAAACAACUGGAACUCGAUCUUAAUGAUGAAAGGCUGAGAUAUCAGAACCUUCUGAAUGAGUUCAGUCGCUUAGAAGAACGAUAUGAUGACCUCAAGGAAGAGAUGACUCUGAUGGUAAAUGUGCCUAAGCCUGGACACAAGAGAACAGACUCCACUCAUAGCAGCAAUGAGUCUGAAUACACCUUUAGCUCUGAAAUUGCAGAAACUGAAGAUAUGCCAUUGAGGACAGAGGAGCCAAGUGAGAAGAAGGUACCUCUGGACAUGUCAUUGUUCCUCAAGCUCCAGAAGCGGGUCACAGAGCUGGAGCAGGAGAAGCAGGUGAUGCAGGAUGAGCUGGACCGCAAGGAGGAGCAGGUGCUCCGCAGCAAGGCAAAGGAAGAAGAAAGACCACAAAUUAGAGGCGCAGAACUGGAAUAUGAGUCACUCAAGCGCCAAGAGCUUGAAUCAGAAAACAAAAAACUGAAAAAUGAGCUAAAUGAGUUACGCAAGGCACUUAGUGAGAAAAGUGCCCCAGAGGUGACCGCUCCAGGUGCACCAGCCUACCGUGUCCUCAUGGAGCAGCUGACCUCUGUGAGUGAGGAGCUCGAUGUCCGCAAGGAGGAAGUCCUCAUCUUGAGAUCUCAGCUGGUGAGCCAGAAGGAGGCUAUCCAACCCAAGAAUACAAUGACAGAUUCCACAAUACUUUUGGAAGAUGUGCAAAAAAUGAAAGAUAAAGGUGAAAUAGCACAAGCAUACAUUGGUUUGAAAGAAACAAACAGAUCACCUGCUAUGGAUUGCCAUGAGUUGAAUGAGGAUGGAGAGCUGUGGCUGGUUUAUGAAGGGUUAAAACAAGCCAACAGGCUCCUGGAAUCCCAGCUCCAGUCACAGAAGAGGAGCCACGAGAAUGAGGCUGAAGCCCUGCGUGGAGAGAUCCAGAGCCUGAAGGAGGAGAACAACCGGCAGCAGCAGCUGCUGGCCCAGAACCUGCAGCUGCCCCCGGAGGCCCGCAUCGAGGCCAGCCUGCAACACGAGAUCACCAGGUUGACCAACGAAAAUUUGUAUUUUGAGGAAUUAUAUGCAGAUGACCCUAAGAAGUAUCAAUCAUAUCGGAUUUCACUUUACAAGCGGAUGAUUGAUUUGAUGGAGCAACUUGAAAAACAAGACAAGACUGUUCGAAAACUGAAAAAACAACUGAAAGUAUUUGCCAAAAAAAUUGGUGAACUAGAAGUGGGCCAAAUGGAGAACAUAUCCCCAGGACAGAUCAUUGAUGAACCCAUCCGUCCGGUCAAUAUCCCUAGGAAAGAAAAGGAUUUCCAAGGAAUGCUGGAAUACAAGAAGGAGGAUGAGCAAAAGCUUGUUAAGAACCUGAUUCUGGAACUGAAGCCACGUGGUGUGGCAGUCAAUUUGAUUCCAGGGUUACCAGCGUAUAUCCUGUUUAUGUGUGUUCGACAUGCUGACUACCUGAAUGAUGAUCAGAAAGUAAGGUCAUUGCUAACAUCAACAAUUAACAGCAUCAAAAAAGUAUUAAAGAAAAGAGGUGAUGAUUUUGAAACCGUCUCCUUCUGGCUCUCUAACACAUGCCGAUUUUUGCACUGUUUGAAGCAGUACAGUGGAGAAGAGGGCUUUAUGAAACACAACACGUCUCGCCAGAAUGAACACUGCCUCACCAACUUUGACCUGGCUGAGUACCGGCAGGUGCUAAGUGACUUAGCCAUUCAGAUCUACCAGCAGCUCGUGCGGGUGUUAGAGAACAUCCUUCAGCCAAUGAUCGUCUCUGGCAUGCUGGAGCAUGAAACCAUUCAGGGCGUGUCUGGGGUGAAGCCCACAGGGCUAAGAAAGCGAACCUCCAGCAUCGCUGACGAGGGCACCUACACACUGGACUCCAUCCUCCGGCAGCUCAACUCCUUCCACUCAGUCAUGUGUCAGCACGGCAUGGACCCUGAACUGAUCAAGCAGGUGGUCAAACAGAUGUUCUACAUUGUUGGGGCCAUCACCCUGAACAACCUCCUUCUGCGGAAGGACAUGUGCUCCUGGAGUAAAGGCAUGCAGAUCAGGUACAAUGUCAGUCAACUGGAAGAGUGGCUGCGUGACAAGAAUCUGAUGAACAGUGGGGCUAAAGAAACCCUGGAACCUCUCAUUCAGGCUGCGCAGCUUUUGCAAGUGAAAAAGAAGACAGAUGAUGACGCAGAAGCCAUCUGUUCCAUGUGCAGUGCUUUAACUACUGCCCAGAUUGUCAAAGUGUUGAAUUUGUAUACUCCAGUUAAUGAGUUUGAAGAAAGAGUCUCUGUAUCAUUUAUUCGUACUAUACAGAUGCGUUUACGAGACAGGAAAGACUCUCCUCAGCUGCUCAUGGAUGCUAAACACAUCUUUCCUGUCACCUUUCCUUUUAACCCAUCCUCCCUCGCACUAGAAACCAUCCAAAUUCCAGCCAGCCUGGGCCUGGGAUUCAUAUCACGGGUCUGAAAGUGAUGUGAUGUCAAGGCAAACAGUGACAGUAAAUUUCUUGCCUGAAAUAAGAACUCAUUAUUUCCAGUGAGCUACUGAAAAUAUGCUCUAAAGAGAAAGUACUGAGUAUCUUUCAAACAAGAGGUUAUUAACUGGAAAUCUCCCUAAAUACUUUCAUCACCUUGGAAAGACAAUUAGGCUUCUUUGUACUGUGUUACCUUUAAUUCAUAGCAACACUCACCCUUGAUCAGUUAGGUAUCCUGAGUUACAUGCAGGUAAAUGGCAGACAGAAGGGGGAAAAGUGUCUCCAGCUGCCAGCAUUUAUUUUAAAUCCUUAGCACUGCAUCCUAAUAGUAUGGUAAAAAUAUAAAUUCCAGCUAUGAGCUGUUGUUAGGAAGGCACCAACAAAGAACCUCCUCUGUGUGAACCAGAAGAAUUGAAAGAAAAAUUGCCAUUGAGUACAUAUCAUAUCAGUUCAGGAAUCAAUUAUGUUGAUAUUGUCAAACUGGAUCAAAGAAAUAAACUGGCAAUAUGUAAAGUAAUUGGUCAAGUAACUUCCUUAUAUGUGUCACUCUGAUAUAGAGAUAUUAAGAGAAUGUUGGUUUGCCAUAUAGCAUAGAAGUCCAUUUGUACUGUAGUUUACUGAGCAUUUUAAAUUGCUGCUACAUACUGUAUACUUUAACAUGUAAGCGAUAUUCUUAUUAGGCACUACAACAGUAAGCUUCUCUUUUAUCAACUCUGUUUACAAUUCAAUCAGACCAUUUUAACUGGAUUAUGUGCAAAUAUAUACAGAUUCCCCUGCACGAGUAGCGGACACUGGGAAGUCAUGUAGUAAUAUGACAAAAUGUUUGACAUUUAGGGAUAGGAUUAGACAAAGUGGCUAUUGUUGAUGUCGUUAUUUAUUCAGAAUGUAUUACAUUGAUGUGCUCAUUAAUUUUCCCUGGGUGGAUAUCACAUCAGGGUACAGUGUUCUGUGAAGUGAUUUAUUUUUAGUUCCCAGAUCAGAUUCCUGCACUGCAUAUUUUCAACCCAGCCAGGUUUUCUUUCUUCUUAAUUUAUUAAGAAUUAAUCUCAGUCACUAUCUAGAGAAGAGUGUCAGCAUAGUCAUGGUUCGGGUCUUGAAACCUUGAUUAUCCUAUAAAUUAUGCAAAACAAGGUAUAUAAUAAAUACUAUGAUUCCAUUUUUUUAGGCUUUGCAACUUCUAUACAUGUUCUCAGUACCACUAGAUACUUUAAAGAGCAUCAUACUAGAAAUACUUUAAGACUUAUGUAAGAAGACUGCUGAAUUUUAGAGGAUUUGUUUCAGUAAGAGCCAGAUCCUAGAAGUUUCAUUCUGAAAUUCUAAUUAAACAUAUUCUCAGUUUUUCCUGGACAUCCUAUACAGUAAAUCUUUCAGGUUGUGCAAAAGCAAAUUCUUAGUUUUCAUUAGAAACUCUGGUUCUGAAUUACAAUCAUAGAUUUAUAUAACUUAACUGUUAGAUGGUCUAUGAAAAAUGACAUUAAUACAUGUGCAAUAUUAAUGGAAGUCAAACAGUUUCAAAUCAAUGAUAAAGAUUGUUAUUAAAAGAUAAA